AUGGCGUCGCGAGCAAAAAGUGCAUCGCGUGACGUCAUUGUGCGAGACCGCACGUCGCGGGACGCCAUGACGCCGUACGCCGCGUUCAUGUCGCUCGUCGAGCGCAACGCGGUCCCGGACGCGAUCUUGCGGGCGGGGAUACGGAGAAACCUGAGGAAUAAGUGUUUACGGACGUUUGACGACGUGGAGGAUGCGAUGGAGCGAGAGAUGGAAUUCAUCGAAGAUUUGCGCUCGAGAUCGAAGAUCGCGAUCGAGACGGCGGCGGCGAACGAACAGCACUACGAGGUGCCGACGGCGUUUUACGAUCUGUGCCUCGGUGGGCGGAAGAAGUACUCGUGCUGCUUGUACGAGGAUUUGAAGCGGACGACGCUGGACGAGGCGGAGACGGCGAUGUUGGAGAAAUACGCGGAGAGGGCAGAGUUGAGUGAUGGAAUGUCCAUCUUAGAGCUCGGAUGUGGAUGGGGAUCGCUGUCGUUGUUCUUGGCGGAGAAGUACCCGAACUCAAAGGUGGUCGGGGUGUCGAACUCGAGGACGCAGAAGGAACACAUCGACGCCAAGGCGCGCGAGCUCGGGUUGAAGAACCUCGAGAUUAUCACAAAGGAUGUGAACGAUUUCACGCCGCCGAACGCGGGGACGUACGAUCGAAUCAUGUCGAUCGAAAUGUUCGAGCAUAUGAAGAACUACGACGUCCUGUUCGCUCGUUGCGAGCAGUGGUUGAAGGUUGGCGGGAAGAUGUUUGUGCACAUUUUCUGUCACGCGUACUACCCGUUCCAUUACGACGUCGAAGACGAGACGGAUUGGAUGAGCAAGUACUUCUUCUCGGGAGGGACGAUGCCAACGGAUAGAAUGUUCGCGUACUUUGCGCGAAAGCUCCACCUCAAGCGCCAAUGGCGAGUGAACGGGAAGCACUACUCUCGCACGUGCGAGGAUUGGCUGAAAUUGUUGGAUGCAAACUACAAGAAAGGUUUGGUUGCACCCAUCCUGGACGAGACGUACGGUCGCGAGAACCGAACGAAGUGGUACGUGUACUGGCGUCUCUUCUUUCUGUCGUGCUCUGAGCUGUUCAACUACAAUAACGGCAACGAGUGGUACAUUUCGCAUUAUUUGCUCGAGAAGCUCCCGUGA